AUGAGUCCACCAAAUCGCAAAAGCUUUGCGACAAACGUAGCUGCUUUCGUUGCGGAACACGAGCUUGACGGUGUGGACUUUGAUUGGGAAUAUCCAGGGGCCAUAGACAUACCAGGGACCCCACCGGGCCUUGAAACCGACGGCCCGAAUUACUACAAGUUUCUUAUCGUCAUGCGUGGGCAGCUAGCCAAAGAAAAGUCCUUACUCAUUGCUGCACCGGCUUCAUACUGGUAUCUCAAGGCCUUUCCUAUUGCCCAGAUGGCUAAGCAGCUCGAUUACAUUGUGUUCAUGGCUUAUGAUCUCCACGGUGAGGUGGGCUCCACACGGUUUAGUCCAGUGGCUAAUAUAAGAAAGGCAAAUGGGAUGCCGGUAACCAUUAACCUUACUGAGACAACCUAUGCUCUUUCUUUGAUUACAAAAGCCGGAGUCCCAACCAACAAGAUUUUUGUAGGGGAAUCCAGCUACGGUCGCUCCUUUCUUAUGAGCAAAAAAAAGGAUGCACGGGGGCUAACUGCUUCUUUGAAGGCGACCGGCUCAACUCUCCAGCAGCAAAAGGGUGUAUGUACAGAUACUGGUGGCUACAUUUCCAACGCCGAGAUUGAUGAAAUUGCGAUUCUUGGUGACAACGUCCAAACGUGGCACGAUGGAGCUUCGAACUCGGAUAUUAUGGUGUAUAAUGACACUCAGUGGGUGGCGGAUAUGAGCAGGACAACAAAAGAAACCCGGCGCUUACAUUGGAAGAACUACAACUUCGCGGGAACCAUUGAUUGGGCUGUUGUUUUACAGUCAUAUGCAGAUGAUGAAUACUACGACUAUGAAACGGGAGAGGGAGGCGAGGAACUUCUUCCACCCUUGCCUGAUGACCCAGACUGCAGCGGCUCAUACCAUGACUUGGAAAGCAUCGAGAAGGAUUUCGGCACCAUAGAUGAACUCUGUCUUGGCCAAUACAUCCUCGAAGUUCUCCAGAAGAACUUCACCUCGUCACUCGCCGCGUACGAUGAUUUGAUGAAAGAUGGCUACGACGGCAAAUUCAAAACCUAUGCCAAAUCCGUGGUCUCUGCGUCUAAAAAGGUUGUCGAGAACUUUAUGUACGAGAACGGCAAGAGCUACUUCAGCUGCUCGUCACAGAGACCAUCAAGUGUAGACUGCCGCUAUUGCGAGGAAUACGACUGUAUCCCUGAGGGCAACUGCGAUAACCCAGAGGUCCACUGCGAGACGCCCGAAUACAGGUAUCGAAAUAUGACCCAGCCCUGUCCGCCGGAUUACUCGCUGAGGGGGCAGUGCCAAACUAUAGACGCCCGGUAUUCACAAUCUGUAUACUGGACGCUUGAGUACCCCGACGCCUUCUGGGCGGACCUUUACACGGAGACGGGAGUGGCGCAGGAGGAUAUUGAGCGGAAGAACGUGAGGCAUUUCCCGUGCUACCUAACGGAGAAACAUUGCGAGAACACAUAUUGGGACUAUAACUUCCCUGUUCCUAGUGAAUACGACGAGGAGGAUGUGGUUAACCCUAAGGAUGUGGUUUCAGAAGCGUACAACAAACUAAAAGCCUUAUUGCCGCAACUUAGUGACGUCGUCGAAAGGGUAAAGAACGAGAAGUUUUUCGGCGACAUCAACGAGCUGAUUGAUGCUGUUUCCAUGCCUGUGCUUAUGGUCUCUGAUGCAAUUGAGCACAUGCAGUCCAUCAUCGAAAUUGCUAAGGAAAUUGAAGAGGCUAAAGCCAAAGCCAUCCUCUUUGCUUUUAUGGGUGCCAUCAUCUUCUUCGUCCCUGUCAUUGGCGAAGUCAUGGGUGCCGUCAGCUCGUUGGCAAGUAUUGGUCGCAUUGUCUCUCUACUUGGUGCUACGGGAAAUGUUGGCUUGGACGUCUAUACAAUCCUUGAUGAUCCAGAGAAUGCCCCACUGGCGAUAUUUAGCUUGAUAUUGUCGCCUCUAGCGCUUAUGGAUGUUGUCAAGGUUGGCCAGGCUGCGAGAGCCCGUAGGGAGAUGCCUACCAGCAAUGUCGCAAUUCUGGGGGAUAGGCUCAGCGCCCGACCUUAG